GAAAUAAUUCUGUUAAAUCCAACCUUCACAUUACUAAUGACAAGACUUUUGAUUAAGAUAAAAAAACUGCCAAACUUCUGAUUGACAUCAACUGUCAUCAUCUCAAAAUAAACAUAUUUAGUUACAUUUUCAUUGUAAACCAUGUCGGCGAAAUCUGUUAUAAAAACCGCAGCCAAUGAAGACGAGGACGAAAAAAAGAAUCAGAAAAAGCCCAAUCUCCCAUCCAAUCUCACCAUCACCAAUAAAAUGAGUAAAACCACAAGCCUACUUCGCAAAACGCAGUCGCAUUUCUUAGUGUCCCCUGAGAAACUGGACAAGGCCACGAAAAGGGUUAUAGCUCCGUACGCGCAGAUAGUGAGGAAAGGGUUAAAAGAAGAGAGAAAAGAAGGAACGUACUUGGAUAUAAAUAGGUUUAACGUGUUUUUGGAAGACACGGUUGAUUUGGACUCGCUGCUGUAUGAGACUGCUAUGGUGUUGAAAACUGUUACUAAUAGUUCUGGAGCGUUUGUGUACAUAGUGAAUAAAGUGAACAAUGAACUGGUACUGAUGCCAAAAAAUACGAAAAAUCCAGCGAGACAUGAAGUCAACAUUCCUAUUGAAGAGGGCAAAAUGGCUGCAGCCCACGUGGCCUCUACCAAGGAAUAUCUCGUAUUAGACGACGUGCAGCGCGACCGGCGCUUCUCCUCAGGGCUUCGCUGGAUAGAUGCCAAGACCGCGCUCGUCAUGCCAGUACUGCAGCCUGACGGGGAUUUAUAUGCUGUGCUAGAGCUGUAUAGGACGUGUGCGGAGCCCUAUGAUGCGAACGUAGUGUACACGGUGGUGAGCGUAGCCUGCUGGGCAGGCGCAGCGGCGCACCAGGCCGCCGCUCGCGUCACACUACAGAAGACCGGCCAUCUCAACGCGGAGCUGCGCGCUUUGCUGAAUAGCUACUUCUGCAAUCUAGCGUCUAUCGACACGAUGCUUACCGAUAUGUUGGCGGUAGUGAAGUCCUUUAUGGGUGCAAUGCGGAGUAGCUUCUACAUUAUAAACAGGGAGCGAGCCGAGCUGACGGCCGAUAUGUGGGACGACGGCUGGGCAGAGACUACGGCUAUGCCCCGGAAGAAGACUAAAAUCGACUUGAACGCCGACCAGACCCCGGCAGGCCUUGUGGCACGGACCGGGGUUACCCUCAAUGUGCGAGAUGCGUACAAAGACCCAAGAUUCACGAAGGAGGUUGACCCUACUACCGGCACCGUCGUUCGAUCGUGUCUGACUAUGCCGAUUAUGGAUAAGAAGGGAGUUAUCGGAGUUGUUCAACUGACCAACAAAAAGAACGCGAAACCUUUCGAAGCCGAAGAUGAGGAGAUAUUCAAAGUGUUCGUCAGCUAUUGCUCUCUCAUCGUGCAGUUCUACCACAUGCAUCAGGAGAAGAUCUACCAUGAAAACCUCAACCACGUAUACUGCGACCUGAUGCAUGUGCACCUGAAGCCGUGCCGACACGACUUCGACGAGCUCAUGGAGACCAACGGGAUAACGAUACCGCCGAACAACUUCAACAGCUACGACUUUCACAUAAGCGAGAUAAGCAAAGAAGACAUGCCCGGGCUCGUAUGCUACAUGUUCAGCGAAACAUUUAUGGAUAAAAAUUUCGACCGCACGCAAAUGGCAGACUUCGCGCUAACCGUGCUGGGAUGCUACCGGCCCAACGCUUACCAUAACGCAGAACACGCGUUUUGCUUCACGCACACUAUGUACAUGAUUCUGAUGACUAAUCCAGGACACUUUGAUCCCAUUGAAACAGCGGCACUACUCCUGUCCGGGCUGUGCCACGACCUGGACCACCCCGGCCUCAACAACAACUUCCUCGUGCUCAUCAACCACCCGCUCUCACAGAUGUACAGGACCUCGCUGCUGGAGUACCACCACUACUUCCUCGCCAAGAAGCUUAUUGAGGAUAAGAAAAUCAUAUCAAACCUGCCGCCAGCCGACCAAGAGCGCCUGCUAGCUGAGAUAAAAUACGACAUUCUCUGCACGGACCUGGCUGUGUACUUCCAAGUGAGGGCUCAGCUCGCCAACAUAGUCGCCGAAGGAACCUUCGACUGGAAAUUGUCUACACAUAGGAACUUGCUUAAGGGAAUACUUAUGACGACAAGUGACCUCUCGGGAUGCUGCAAACCAUUUGGUGUUGCUAAAGCUAUAACAGCUUGUAUAUACGAAGAAUUUUAUAAUCAAGGCGACAAAGAGCGCGAAAUGGGCUACACCCCGCUAAGCAUGAUGGACCGCAAGCGCUCCUCGAACCAGCCCGCCGAACAGAUACAAUUCCUCUGUGUGGUGGUGAUGCCCUGUCUACUCCUACUACAACAUGUGUUCCCUAACACGGCGCAACUUGCUGAUAAUUGCAGAUCGACCCAAGAAUCGUGGCAUGAGGAGAUAGAGAUCCGCGGUCAGAAGCUGUGGAAACAGGACGACUCGCUCGCGAGCUUCGGACGCAAACCCCUGAAAUACACCCCAGCCCCAGAGUAGGCGGACUAUUAAAUAUGCACCUUACACUGAGGAGAUAAGAGUGUUUUUGCUUUGUACGAUACACUUCGUCUGGCUUGCCAAUCGUGUCACAAAGUAGUUGAAGAUAACUGGUCUAAAAUGUAGUAAAUGUACAUGUAUUUCUUUAAAAUUUACAGGGUGGCUACCUUUAUUGCCACCACACGGUGGCUCAGUAAGAUCAAUUCCCUAAAACUAGGCAAGUCGGUUGGAACAGAGUUCCGUAGACGCUCCACGAAUGCUACCUAUAGUCUAUCUAUUCCGCAUGGAUAUUAAAAAAAAUCCACGUGACUCGGGCGUUGGGACAUUUAUCGCGUUAAUGCGACAUAUGCUGGGGCCACUUAACGGGAAAUGCCGGGAAACGCGUUUAUUCUACUUUUUUCAUACGGCCACACUGGGAUUAUUGCGAUAAUCUACGGCGUUUCCCGUUAGUGUGGCCCCGGCAAUAAGGUCACACUGGGAUUAUUGCGAUAAUCUACGGCGUUUCCCGUUAGUGUGGCCCCGGCAAUAAGGUCACACUGGGAUUAUUGCGAUAAUCUACGGCGUUUCCCGUUAGUGUGGCCCCGGCAAUAAGGUCACACUGGAAUUAUUGCGAUAAUCUACUGCGUUUCCCGUUAGUGUGGCCCCGGCAAUAAGGUCACACUGGGAUUAUUGCGAUAAUCUACGGCGUUUUCCGUUAGUGUGGCCCCGGCAAUAAGGUCACACUGGGAUUAUUGCGAUAAUCUACGGUGUUUUCCGUUAGUGUGGCCCCGGCAAUAAGGUCACACUGGGAUUAUCGCGAUAAUCUACGGCGUUUUCCGUUAGUGUGGCCCCGGCAUCACUGUCUAACAAAACCGAUGUUUGAAAGCCAUUGUCACAUCUUCUUUCACAUUUUUGUUUAAAUGCAUUUUGUAAUGUAACUAAUGAUGUGUUGCCUGAAUAAACAUUAUUCUUUUCUAUUCACGUUGUCCCUCUCUAACACAACGCCGAUGACACUGCUCGGAGCAGUCGUGAGCCGGACACGUCCGACCAAUUGAGUGAUAUACCGCUGGUAUAGAU